CCGUGCACUUUGCUAGGACGGCACAGCUUCUGUUUCUAGCAUAUAACUCAAUGAACUCCCCUACCUUCGGCUUUUCGCUUGCGCAGCAACGCUACCUUAUGUCCCCGACUGUAAACGCCGGCCUCUUCCUUUGAAGACAAGCUAAGAAUGGAUCAUUCCUCGUCAUCAUAUACUCGCGGUUGUUGCGCAUUGCCACCGGACCGCUUGUCUUCAACGCGCAAGGGCCAGUUCCAAAGCAAACCAAAUGGAACGCCUGCUGUUGGCGGCAUGCUGGUCGGCGACGACAACCGACUUUACGGCGCUUCCUACCCAGGCUCUCCUCUUGAGCCCUCCAGCACCAUCCCACCAAGCAAGCCCAAGCCCCGACCCAAAUCCGCCACCCCUACCUUCCACACCGUAACCCGCUCCAAAACCCCAACCAACUACCACUCCCCCUACUCCCAGCCGUCACCUCAGCCCACCCCCCGCGGCCGCUCCUCCGGCGCCAUCCCCAGCAGCGGCGCCAGCACCAGCAGCAUCCUCCAGGAGCGCUCCUCCCUCACCCACGGCGGAGGUGCAGGAGGGGCCGCAGCAGCCGCGGCCCGCUCCGCUUCCAUCGGCCGCCACCGCUCCGCCUCCGUCUCCUCCUGCUACACCUCCACCACCGCCGCCACCGCCACCACCGCCGCCAGCGCUACCACUGCCACCACCUCCACCAACACCUACACCUCCGGCACCGCCUCCGUCAUCACCGCCGUCAACUCCGCCGCACCCUCCGUCGUCACCGCCCUCACCGCCGCCACCUCCAAGUCCACCGCGCGCGGUCUGGGCAUGCUGGAGCGCUCGCUGCCGGCGGCGCGGGCGGCGGCGGCGUUGGAGGAGGAGUUGGCGGCGGCGCGGCAGCGCGAGGCGGCGGCGCGGGAGGAGCAGGCGGCGGCGGUGGCUGCCGUACGGCGCAUGGAGUGGGAGCUGCAGGCGGAGCGGGCGGCGCGGGUGCGGAUGGAGCAGUGGCUGGCGGCGGCGGGGGCGGCGGCGGCGGGGUCGGUGGUGGCGGCGGGGGCGGCGGGGAUAGCGGCGGUAGCAGGGGCAGCGGGGCUGAGGGAGAGCGGCGGCGGCGGCGGGGGGAAGCGGCAGGUCACGGCAUGGGAGGCUGACCAUCAUGCCGCAUCCGCAGCCCACCUGCUCGCCUCCGUCACCGAAACGGGCGCAGCGGAGGACGUCACAGCGGACGCCGACACCGCCUCCGCCCGCCCCCCUCGGCCGGCCUCCGCCUCCCAGCACCCCCAGCCGCCCUCCGCCUCCCCCUCCGCCGCCGCCCUGCUGCCCGCCUCCGCCUCCACCGCUGCCGCCGCCGCUGCCGCCGCCAACUGUUCGCUGGUGAGCUCACUGCGGCGGGAGGUGCGGGCGCUGAUGGCGACGAGGGACGCGCUGGCGUCUCAGCUGGCGGAGGUGAAGGCGGGUGCGCGGGCGCAGAGGCUGCAGGAGCUGCAGUCCGAGUUGGAUCGGGUGCGCACGGAGGCGGCUCGGCAGGCGGAGCUGGGCCGGGUGCUGGCUGCCCGGUUGGACGCGGCGGAGGGGGAGCUGGCGGCGGCGAGGGAGCGGCUGGCGGGGUACGAGCAGCGGGAACAGGAGCUGGCGGCGGCCCCCCCUAUGGCGCUGCCCAAGGGCAACAACCUGUCGCGACCCAUGGUUCGCUCCGCGCUGGCGGUGCUGGAGCGGUCGCACCGGCUGUUCAUGGGGGAGGCGCGGCUGCUCAAGUCCUCCUUCCCGCCUCACCUCACCAUGCCCGACCUGCGGGAGCUAGCCGCCACCCGCCCCGCCACCGCGGGCGGCGCGGAGGCGCUCCUCUUCAUCACCUCCCACAUCUGCCGCGUCGUGGAGGAGUUGCGGGGCCUGCCCGGGGUGCCCAAGCUGCGCUCCGCUGCCGCUGCGGCCGCGGUGGCGGAGGCGGCUGCCAUCAACUCCGCCCUCGCAGCCGGCAUCGACCCAGACACCACGCCGCUGCUGAGCCUGGAUCCGGAGUUCUCCGCGGCGGCAAAGGCGGCGGCGGUGGCGGCGGGCGCGGAACGGAGCCUGCUGCGGCCGUACGCCUCGAUGGCGUUGGAGCUGGAGGCGCAGGCGACUGCGUUGUUGGGCCCCAUGCAUCGCGUGAACGCGGUGGGGGCGGGCACGAUGGCGAGUAUUAAGGCGGCGCGGAGGGCGGCGGCGGCGCGGGCGAAUAGCAUCAUGGCCGGGGUGACGGCGGCGGUGGAGGGGAUUGGUGGGGGUGAGGGGAGCGGGAGUGAGGGAGGUGCGGGGGUGGGAGCGGGAGCGGGAGGGAGGAGGGAGUAUCCUGGGUCGUCGCCGCUGCGGGGGGGAGGGGUGGCGGGAGGUGUGGGUAUUGCAGGGCGGGUGAGGCCGAGCAGUGCGAGGGCACCCACUGCGGCGGAGGCGAGGGCGGCGAUGCAGGUCCGAGCUGCGAGGCUGGUUGGUGUGGGGGCGGCGGCGGGGGGUGGUGGGGGUGGAGGCGUGUUUGGGUCUGCAGCGAUGGAGGCGGCGAGGGCGGCGGCGGCUGCGCAGGUGGCGGCGAGGGCACACACGGAUGGCGGGUGGGGCUGGUGCCUGGACAGCGCCGCGGACCUGCAGGAGGCCUCCCUCUCGCAGCUGCCCUCCCUCAGCGGCGCAGUGGACGACAUGGCGCCCGAGGGCAGCAGCAGCGGAGGCUACGGAGGAGGUGGCUACGGAGGCGGCUACGGAGGCGGCCUGCUGGACGGCAGUACUGUUGCUGCUGCUGUGUCUGCCCCCGCGGAACUGGGUUUGCCGCACUCGGGGGGUCUCACCCUGCCGGCGGUACCCGAGGAGCCCGAGGCGGAAGCGGAGAUGGAGGCGGGCGGGCGGUACGGCAGCAGCGGGGCGGCGACGGCGGUGUCGGGAAGCAAGGGCAGCGGCAGCGUGGAUGCGGUGGUGGUGAUUCAACAUGGUGUGGGAGGUGGUGGUGGCGGUGGCGGUGACCCACGGGUCAGUGGGGACGGCGUAUCGGAGCUGGGCGGCAGCAGCAGCAAGCGAGCGAGCGCGGAUACGGGUAGUGCUGGUACUGCGGGGCGACCUUUGCCUGCGGAUGAGGGAAGCGAGGCCGCGUCGUUGAAGCCUGAGAAGGGAGUGUACAGCUGGGGUGGUAGCGUUAACGGCGGGGAGAUGAAUGAGAAUGACGGGGACGCUGGCAGCAGCAGCGGCAGCGGGGCGGAGGGCUCGGCAGUGGGGCCCGGCUCCUCGGCGGCGAGUGCGGGGAUGGAGGCGGGUCAGGAAGCAGCAGCGAUGGGUUUGAUGGUUGGGGAAAGCGAUGGUCCUGCUGGCGGCGGCGAAGGACGUUUUGAUUGAUGGAAGGGACCGGGGCGCAUUACGGAGUGGGGGAUUCAUGGGCUUAUGAUUAUAGUAUUCAUAGUAGUUCACUUCCAUUCGUGCCUGCAUGUGCGUUUGCAUGCGGAAGUGGAGCGGAGGUGGGUGCACCGGGAUUCCUGCUGCUACCGCGUGAUGGGGCGGGGGCCACAAGGGAGGUGGCGGCGGGUCGGGCUCAUGGCUACAUGGAGGUUGCUAGUAUGGAGUGGAGGGAAAGAGGAAGGGGCCUUGCUAGGAAGAGACGGUCCGCGGAGGGCUGCAAGUAUAGCCCCUUAGGAGCCCGCAGCAUGUGUGUUGACGGCUGUUGUGCUUUGGUGAUUCCUCCGUAAUCCUCCGGUGCAGUGUGACGUUUGCUGUUAUUGCCGUUGUCGUUGGGGAGGGGUGCUCGGGUCAGCUUUUCUUCGCCCCAUCCCCCUCUCAUCAAAUGAACUGCAAGCUGAGACAUGCUUGAUGAUGCAUCGAAACAUGCCGGGCGUUCCAAUGUGCGAUGGGGCGUGCGAGCGAGCGCUCUGAUUUGAUCCUUGGAAUGGCUUCCGAUUGAUAUAGAACACGAAAUCCGACUACCGUUGACGCUUGCCGUACGUAGGUAAUCCCCGUUGCGUGCUGUCGUGUGGUUGGUUGCUGCUGUUGCUUCCCUGUCACACCAAAGUGCUGUUGUGCUGUCGAGCCGAGGGCGUUACGUCGCCGCCGUCCCUCCGGCAUCCACCGAUGCAUGUUGCCGUGGCAUGGGGCGUCUAGCAGGAGGGUUUGUGUAUCAAGUUAAAACCCAUAGAAUGCAGGUUGGCAUCUUGUCUGUUCCGAUGCAGUGAGGGGGCCGCUGGCGUAACGUGUACACCGGGAAGUUCAAGGUGAAGGGGUGGCAGCGGAGGCGGGUGCUACGAGGGUUUGGUUAGCGCCGCAAAAGCAUCGUUGUGCGUGCGCCCUACGCCGUUCACUCCCAUGCUGGCUGUGCCUUUAGUGCCAGGCCAAGCCUACCCGCUUAGAUAGUAAACAAAGUUGUAUAGCCGUGAAUAGCCGUUCUAUUAGCUUGAGUUGACUUGCGCGUUCCUCUUCGCGGACGCCCCCUUAGGUUGCGUUCUGUUUUGUCUUUCGGUGCGUUUCAUACUGUGGUGGCAAUCAUUCUUUGCUGCAAUGCCUGCGACCUGCGUUGGGCCUCUGGUAUGUCACACCGUGGACGUAACGUGCAUGCGCCUUCAUUACACUUUCUGUUGUUACGACUUGGACUUGUUGCUUAGCGAUGGGGCUUUUUGUGCAUGUGAGCUCUCCGCCUAGACCCCGUGACGGGCGUCAUAGCGACUUGCACGCUCCUUAUACCCUGCAUCUUUGCCACCGGAAGGACCGUGCGCAAGGCAACUGAGGUGUGCUGGUUAUGUGGCUUGUGUGACAACACGCCUGAUCGGCUAGUGCCAGUUGCUCGCUGCAAUGCCUCCAUCCCACCUGCCCCUGCCCCUGGAGGCUCUCCAGGCGAUUGCACU